AUGCCUGCUCUGAAUCGUGAGAAGCCGGCGGACAUCAUUCCACCUGCGGACAUCCUCGCAGCGAAUGCGUCGUUGGGAAGCAGUCCACUCGUGAAGCGCCUCGGCCUACCCAGUAUGCCGGGAGAGGUAUCUCCCCCGCUACCCAAAACUCCUCGGACUCCCAAGAGUGCAAACUCCGCAAAGUCGAUAUGGCCACAUAUCAAUCCGUUUAGAAACAAGUCCCAAAACGGCAUUCCGCAUGAGCUUUUGGACAACUAUACGGGUCACAUCAACGACGCAGGCCUGCAGACCCUGUCGCCCGGCCUCUCUCCUCCAUCGCAAUGGCAUCGCAAGCUCUCUCCGAAAACCCCAGGCUUGCGGCCAGACCGUGUCCAGCGGAGCGUGCGCGCUGCAGACCUCCCCAUCACGCCCUCCGCGGACUACUUCUCAACGCCUACUACUGCCGAGAGGGCCCCUCCUUACUGGCAACCUGCGCAGCCCUCCGGUCGGGCGAGCGUCUUUGCCCGCAAACGAACUGGCAGCGAAUGUUCCAGCGGACGGCCCGGCAGGUCAGCAUUCGAGUCCAUGCGGGAUCGCCCACCCUCGUACUCCUCGUGCGACUCCGAGUCCCCCGUCUGCUUCGUGAUGGAUCCCAGCUGGACUGCAGAGCAAGGGGAACCACGCUUUUGCCGCGUCUCGAACCCCACGGACGGGCUGUCCGGCACCCUUGAUGCCCCCGACUACCUGUGGGAUACUCCUGGCGAGGCCCACAAGGUCUUCCUCAAAUCCCCGCCACCGGGUAGGAGGGGACGCCGUGUUACUCAGGCAACGAAGGAAACGCCCUGA